AUGUUGCCAGUGUCGGCUUCAACUACAUCCGCAUGUAAGUGUAUCCGCCGCCUCCUACCUAGCUUUUCCAUACUUGGAACAAAGCAAUUAACCCACCAUACAAGGGGUUACGCCAUUGAGAUGGUUGACCAAAUCUACGACCGCGCAGGCGAGGACGUGCCCCUUGAGGUCGCCAUGAUCACGGCCCUGGGCUUCGUCAACGGCACCAAGGUGACCAACGAGAUCAUCCGCCAGAACCCGUCCUGGACGCGCGAGACGACUCGCUUCGAGAUCUGGUCCGACAUCACCAAGGCGGCCCUCGACCGCGGCAUCUACAUCUCGCCGGACGUGCACGUCAGCAAGGCCAUGUGGUGCUGCUCGCACACCGACGGCAACGCCUGGUUCGACGACGUCCACUUCAACGCCUCGCACUGGCGCCGCGGCCUCUCCUACGUCGCCAACUGGGCCAGGGACCACCCCAACAUCGUCUCGCUCUCCCUGCGCAACGAGGUCCGCGAGUCCUGGAACAGGACCAACCUGUACUACAACUGGGACACCCUCGUCGGCAACUUCUCCGCCGGCGCCGACGCCAUCCACGAGGCCAACCCGGACGUGCUCAUCCUCUGGGGCGGCAUGCAGUACGGCCAGGACCUCUCCGCGCUGACCACCGGCAAGAACUACCUCACCGCCCCCUGCUACAAGUGCACCGCCAUCCGCGACGCCGUGCGCCGCGAGCCCAAGGUCUUCGACGUCGACGGCCACGCCUGGGCCGACAAGCUCGUGUGGGAGCUGCACAUUUACAAGAUGAGCGAGGACGUCGACACGGGCACCUGCCCCAUCAUCGAGGCCAACCUGUACCGCAACGGCUUCAACGCCCUCGGCAUCGACGCCCCCGCCGCCUGCAACGCCACCGGCGACUGCCCCAAGGCCAACCGCCUGACGCCCGUCAUCCUGUCCGAGUUCGGCAACGGCCAGGACGACACCCUGCGCAACGACACCCUGCAGGUCUGCCUGAGGGAGUUCACCGUCAAGCACGGCGUCAGCUGGAUGGUCUGGGGCCUGGCCGGCAGCUACCGCGUGCGGUCCGGUGGCCAGGGCGUCCCGGACACCUGGGGCCUGACCAACUACGAGUGGGACGGCUGGAAUGACCCCGCCACCAUUGAGGAUAUCUGGAAGCCGUGGGUCAAGGCUAUGAAUGCUACGAGAAAGGCUUGA